AUGGAUCAAUUAAAGAGAGAAAAAUCAACAACCAAAUCAGCCAUAACUCGCGUAUUAACUUGGAUCACUAAGUAUCUUGAUGCUCAAACAAACUCCUUUGAAAUAGACGUCAGAAAAUCAAUGCUAAUUAGCUCUUUUAAUAAUUAUAAUCAAAUUUGCGAUAAUAUUGAAUCAUUAGAAGGUGGCGAUUUGGUUGCUGAAAACAGAGACGAAGUCGAAACUAAUUAUUGUUCUGCCAUGGCAAGAUUAGAAAACAAAUUACACAGUCUUGCUCAGUCUCAAUUCAACUUAUCUCUGGCUUCUGAACGUAACCCUUUUAUUCCCUCAAACGUAAAGUUGCCCCCCAUAUCAGUCCCCACUUUCCACGGGGAGUACUCCAAAUGGGUUUCCUUUUACCAAUUAUUUACCUCUCUCAUCACGGAUAAUCAGUCCAUCUCAAAUGCUCAAAAACUAAUCUACUUAAAAUCUGCUCUUCUUGGUGAACCCCUGACUCUUAUCGAAUCUCUCGAAAUCACAAACGAUAAUUUUGACUUAGCACUAGACAUUUUAAAGAAAAAAUAUAGUAACGAUUUGGCAAUUAUCAACUCUCACAUUAACUCUAUCAUUGACUACCCUUCUUUCUCUAAAAGUAACCGUCAAACACUAAGUGAGUUCAUAAAUGAGUCUAAAAAGCAUGUUGACUCACUGAAGUUAUUAAAUGUGCCUGUAAAAACUUGGGAUUUAAUUUUAAUUAAUAUUUUAUCUCGCAAAUUAGACUUUGCUUCAAAACGCUAUUACGGAGAAAGAAGAAAUCGCAGCUCUCAGCCAACAUUAACCGAAUUUUUCGAUAUUCUUAACGAACGCUGCAAUAUUUUAUCUGAUUUAACUCAUCUCCCUGAAUCUAAAAGGGAUUCACACUCACAAAAAUCCCACUUAGCCUUUCUCCCUGAACCUAACAGGGAACCACAUUCGCAAAAAGCUCACACUAAAACACACUUUACUUCUCUACAUUCAAAUACCUCACAAUCUACGCAGCAAACUUAUACUCACCCCAAGUGUUCAUAUUGUAAUGCCUUCUCACACAGAAUAUAUUCUUGUCGGCAAUUUUUAGCUCUAUCUCAUGAUGAGAAACAUAAUUUUAUUCGCUCAACAAAAAUGUGCUCUAAUUGUUUGGGCACUAAACACUCUCACAAUGACUGUAUUUCUAGAGGUUGUUCAAUUUGCAACCGAAGGCAUCAUAGUCUCCUUCACCAAGAUUCUUCUGAGCAAAAUCGCAACCCUUCUGCCCCACGCUUUCAAACUCAAUACAAUACACGUUCUAAUGUGAAUUAUCCCAAACAUUCCACUCAGAAAGACAUCGCUAACAACAAUGUCAGAAACGAAGAUAUUAAUGAAUCUCGUAACGUGCAACGUACCUCACUAAAUUCUCUACCAUCCAAUAGUUCAGAAGGCACUCAAAUUAACUCUCAUAGGCCUUCACAUCAUGCCCCAAUCAAUGACAACACCCAUAGCUCAUCAUUAAAUUAUUUUAUACCUGCCUUGAAGACCAUCGUCAACAUGAAAUUGAUGCCCAACGACCCCUAA